UGCCCAGGGCCGUGGGGGAGAGACCCUGUGGCCUCUGGCCGCAGGCUCCGCCCGGGGUCGGUUGAUGCGCGAGUUUGUGGGUCGGUGAGUCGGGGCGAUCAGCUUCGCCAUCGCCAUGGUGUCCCUGCUGUGGCUGCUGGCGCUGCUCCCGGCCGCGGCCCCGGUCCCGGUCCCCGCCGAGCCCUGGGCCGACAACGAACAGGCCUGGAACCUCUCGUUCCCGGAGCUGCUGGCGCCCGCCCGCUUCGCGCUGGACAUGUACAAUUACGGCCGCAGUGCGGGGUCGAAGGCCGCGCUGGGGGCCGUACGCGGGCGCGUCCGCCAGGUGGGCCUGGGCUCUCUGUUCUUUCUGCAAGCCACUAUGGAGGAGCCGCCUUGCAAUGAUCCCCAGGUGUGCCUGCUCCCUGAGUCCAAGAAAAUCAUGCUCUGCAGCUUUGAAGUCCUGGAAGAGCUAGGAAAACACAUGCUGUUGAAGAAAGACUGUGGCCCAGUGAAUGCCAAGAUUACAGGUGCUGGGAGAGCUCGAGGAGACUGGGAUCCCAAACCGUACUUGACUCAGAAUCCAGCCUUGAUUGAUUCUCUGUUCCAACCCUAUCCAGAGUAUGUAAAUGAGACUUUCCAAUCGUUCCUGCCAAUGAUGAACAAGGAUCCCCUGCCGCGGGACUUUUCUGUGAAGAUGGUUACACUCUUCAAGGACUUCAUGACUACCUAUAACCGCACUUACAGAUCGAGGAAAGAAGCCCAGUGGCGCUUGGCUAUAUUUGCCAGAAACAUGAUCCAAGCUCAGAAGAUUCAGGCCCUGGACCGUGGCACAGCUCAUUAUGGGAUCACCAAGUUCAGUGACCUCACAGAGAAGGAAUUCCAAACCAUCUACCUCAAUCCCCUCUUACAAAAGGAGACUGGCGGGAAGAUGAGUCUAGCCAACCCCAUAAAACAUCUCGCUCCACCUGAAUGGGACUGGAGGAAGAAAGGGGCUGUCACUGAAGUGAAGGACCAGGGCAUGUGUGGCUCCUGCUGGGCCUUCUCUGUCACAGGCAACGUGGAGGGCCAGUGGUUCCUGAACCGGGGGACUCUGCUCUCCCUGUCAGAGCAGGAGCUCUUGGACUGUGACAAGAUGGACAAGGCCUGCUUGGGUGGAUUGCCCUCCACUGCCUACACAGCCAUAAAGAAUUUGGGAGGGCUGGAGACAGAGGAUGACUACCGCUACCAGGGCCACGUUCAGGCCUGCAACUUCUCAGCAGGGAGGGCAAAAGUCUACAUCAACGAUUCAGUGGAGCUGAGCCAGAAUGAGAAUAAGAUAGCAGCCUGGCUGGCCCAGAACGGACCGAUCUCAGUUGCCAUCAAUGCCUUCGGCAUGCAGUUCUAUCGCCACGGGAUCGCUCACCCAUUCCGGCCCCUCUGCAGCCCUUGGCUCAUCGACCAUGCUGUGUUGCUGGUGGGCUAUGGCAACCGCUCCAACAUUCCUUUUUGGGCCAUCAAGAACAGCUGGGGCAGUGACUGGGGUGAAGAGGGUUACUACUACUUGCAUCGUGGGUCCGGGGCCUGUGGUGUAAACACCAUGGCCAGCUCUGCGGUGGUGAACUGAGGGACUUGCUGGCACGAAACCUGAUGCUGACCACAGCAGCCCCUUCCUUAGCCUGACUAAUGCCUGGCUCUGCCUCAGGAGGCACAGCUGGCUGAGGGACAGGCACUUUGUACCUCAGGGUGAGCAGUGGGCCCUGGGCCCCUUCUUCCCUUCCUGUCUCCCUCUCACGCCCACCUGAAGCUCCCCAGGUAUAUCUGCUGAACUGUGAUAGCAAGGAGGAGCAGGCGGCUCAUAGAAGCCAGCACCGGGGCAAGAACCCUGGGCUCGGGUAAGAUGCAGGAUGAAAAUACUAUCAUCACAAACCUAGAUCUGUCCUCAGCAGGCUCUGGCUUCCUGUCUUGGUUUUCCUCAGUCUGACACAGUAAACUUUCCAGUCCCCUUCCACAUCCAGGGAAUUUAUAACCAGCCUUCUCUAAGAGCAAUAAAGAGGUUCCCUGCUC